UGUGAGCAAAUAGAUAAAAAUAUAUAACAUUAUUUUUCUUGCUACGUCUCAGAAAAAGAAAACAGGUCGUGAAAAAGUCGGUUUCCUCACAUGUUUAUUUAAAAAUUUAUGUAUCAGCAUCAUGUUUUUUACAUCUAUAAAAGCAAUUUGUACGGCUCAGACGAAUUUAAUUUGGAACAAUUUAAGAAACUAUGCGACCCAUAAAAGGUUUUAUCGGAAAACUGGAAUAAUUCAGAGUGAGAAAAAAUGGGAAAUUACGUUAGACCACAGACGAUUGAAAACGCCAGGUGGAAAAGUAUUAAAUGUAAAUACUGAGCAGCUGGCUCGAUCUAUUGCUGCAGAAUGGGAUGCACAGAAGGAACAUAUUCUUCAGCCCACAAUGCACUUGACUGCAUUAUGUAAUACAGCACAAGAUAAUCCUGGAAAGUUAACAUCUCAUGAUAUUGCUAGUUAUCUUUUAGAUUUUAUUGAAACUGACACUCUAUUGUUUUAUUCAGAGGCCGAUGAUUUAAGAAGCUUACAGGAAAAAAAGUGGGAUCCCGUCAUAGACUGGUUUCAAAAAAGAUUUAAUAUCAAGCAAGAAGUUUCAACAAACUUUGAGCCACCACCAGUAACAACAGAAACAAGAGCUGUUUUGGCCAGAUAUUUUCUUUCGUACGACUUUGCGUCCUUAAACGCAAUUUGCUUUGGAACUGAUGCUCUAAAAUCGCCAAUAUUGAUGUUAGCCUGUAUUGACCGAUACUUGGAACCAAAAGAAGCAGUAUUGCUUGCACGACUGGAAGAGGAGUUUCAGCUUUUAAGUUGGGGUCGAGUCCCGUGGGCGCACGAGAUGAAUCAAGCGGAACUGACUGCCCGCGUCGCUGCAUCGCUCUUCUUCAUACACUGCUCCGGAGACAAACAAUCGAUUGCUGCCAAAAGAAAAGAAUCUGAAGAAAGUUCAUAAUUAUAGGGAAUGAACGGAAGCGAAGAAGGCCAC